AUGCAACUCCCGCCUCACCCCUUGUACUCCCUUGAGCUCACGCCGCACUUCGAUGCCGACGGUGCAAGCAGCCUAUCGGUGCUCCUCCGGCUGCAGUUGCCAGUCACAAAGGCCUACGAACCCGUGUUUGUCUUCAACACCUUCUACGGCAACGUUCCCGGCCAUCCGUAUCAAGAAAAAGACAUCAACGUGACAGACGAUGGCGGCCCCCUAGAGCUUGAGUUCCACGACCUCCCUUCAGAGGGCCGGGAUAAGAAACAGCACUGGUCCUUCACCAGAGAACCCCGGGGCGACGUUCUUCUCCGCUUCAAUGUCUUCCCGCGCAAAGUAGAUGUGAAGACACCGCUCGGCGCCCGCAUCGACCUCCGACGCGAUCAGGGCGGUCUGCACGGCGCCGGCAUGUGGUUUCUGCCGCAGCUCAUCAAUGAUCAGCUCUUCACCGUCCUAGUCAAGUGGAACCUCCCGGCCGACGCGCCGGCAUCUACGCGAUGCGUGUGGAGCUACGGGGAGGGUACCAAGCCCAUGGUCCGCGUCGAUCGCUCCGAAGUCGUACGAAAUACCAUGUUCAUGGUCGGUCCCAUUCAGAGCUCUUCGGGGGCGUCGUCUUCUGCGUGUUACUGGUUCGGUGACCUACCGCCGAACCUAGAUCGAUUGAAGGGGUACAACACCGCCCUGUUCCCGAAGAUGGCGGAGUUCUUUGGGUCGUCUGGUGGAACGUAUCGCAUGUUUAUGCGGAAAUCUAUCGUCGGCUUUGGGGGUACUGGCUUCAAUGCAAGUUACAUGCUGGAAUACGAUGACAGGAGUAGCGACGUCGAAGACGACCGCCUUAUCCAAUUGUUUACGCAUGAAAUGGUGCACAGCUUUGCCACGAUUGACUCAGGCGAGGCAAAUGAAAAUGACUGGUUUGAAGAAGGACUUGCGGAGUUGUAUUCCUCAUACCUGCCCUUCCGCUUCGGCUUCCGCGGGAAAGACUUCUUGAUCAGCACCAUCAACGAUCAUCUGCAAGGCUACUUCACCAGCCCUCGCAUCAACAUGGACAUACGCGAUGCGGCCGCGGCCAUGUUUAAUGACUGGUACGCAGAGUGGAUUUCGUACAAGCGCGGCUUCGCGUACCUCCUUUUCAUGGAUCUCUACCUACGACGACACACCCGCUCGUACGACUUUGCCACGGCAGGGCCCCUCGACUCCAUCAUUCUCGACUUGACGAGAAGACAUAAGCAGGGGGAUGCUGUGGGCGGCUGA